AUGAUCAAGUUAAUUGCCGUUAUUGGGGUCACCGGAAAUCAGGGUGGUUCAGUUGCUCGCACGUUCCUGAACGAGCCCGAGUGGAAAGUUCGCGGCAUCACUCGCGACACUUCCAAAGCGUCCGCCACAGAGUUGUCAUCUCAAGGCGUUGAAGUCGUAGCAGGCAACCUCGAUGACCUAGAGUCGCUGAAGAAUGGGUUCAAGGGGGCAAAUGUCAUAUUCGGAAACACUGACUUCUGGGGUCACCUGAAUGAUCCUGCGACACAUAAGCUUGCAGCCGAACAGAAACGUACAGCAAACGAAGUGGCAUAUGACCGAGAAGUUGCUCAAGCCAAGGCUAUCAUCGAUGCAGCAGCGGCUCAUGCCGGCACUCUGGACCGUCUCGUGUUGUCUACGCUUUCUGAAGCUAGGAAAUGGAGCAACGGUACCAUCAAGUGGAACUUGCACUUCGAUGCAAAGGCUGAAACCGAAAAUUACCUGAAAGAGACAUACCCGGAGCUUUCCGCCAAGACGAGCUUGCUGCACUUGGGCUCCUAUGCAAGUAACUGGAGACCAGAGAAGAAGGAAGACGGCUCUUUUGUUCUUAGUCUACCCAUGAGUGGAGACAGGAAGAUCCCCAUAGUCGAUCCGGUUGCAGACACUGGGCGUUUCACGAAGGCACUCGUUGAGUUGCCACCAGGAACACUUCUGAGCGGCGCUGGAUCGUUCAUAUCGCUUGGUGAAUGGUGCGACAUCUUCGGGAAGGUGAACAACGUGAAAUGCGUCUUCAAGCAGAUACCUCGAGAGGCCAUUGAAGAAGCGAUGGGACCCGUAUACGGUCCCGAAAUUGCCGACAUGUACGAGUAUUUCGAUAAGUUUGGCUUCGAAGGGGGCAUUCCUGAUGUUGUGUUUCCGUGGGACCUGGGCAUCGACGUGAAGUACACGUCCAUGGAAGAGUACCUGAAGGGCGAGAACUGCAGCAUCGUUUUGUGA